AGAGAGAGAGAGAGAGGGUCUUCAUUUUUUCAUUCAUUCACUGACCCAUCAUUGUUUCCUUUUUCCUUCCUUCUUGCUUUUUCCUCCUCCUCCCAAGUCUUCUCUGUUUCAGCUGGGUGUGGGUAAGCUUAAGCAUUCAGCCAAGAACCCCUCCAAUCUGGUUUCUUGACAAAAUCUGUGAUUUUUUAGCUUGGAGUAGGGUCUAAUUCGAUGUUAUCUCAGUUGGGUUGGUGUCGUUAUUAGAGGUGAAAGAAAGGGAUUCAUCCUUUCAAGAGGGGCUAUGAUGGGUUGCCUCAGAUCCAGGAAAACCAUGGUCUCUGUGUGGAAAAGGCGUCGCCUUUUUACGGUUCACCUGUGAAGCUUGAAGGCUUUCCUUUUACGAGGUCUCCACCCCCCUUUAUCAUUAUGAGCCUUCCUUGUGCUUCCCCUAAUCUGGUUUUUGAUAAGAGGUUGGUAGCAGUUGUUUUCAUCCUGGAUUUUAUUUAACGGUUGGUGGUGGGUAUUAGAAUUAGACUGAUGGAUUGAUAGAUGGAGUUUUGUGGGCAUUCUCUUCUAUUCUGAAGUGUAGGAAGAUGAAAUUAGUAGAAAGUAUUGAAUCCGUUCGGGCUGAUUGACUCUUCGAUCCAUUCAAUCUCUUGAUCUGAUUGCGUGGAUGGUUGUCCUUCGUUUUGCCCGAUACCCCGUUUUUCCAUUUGAGCUUGAAGUGCAGUUCUUGCUCUAGCUGAUCCUUUGUUGUCCUAGAAGUUACUAGUGUUUGGGAAUUGUUGGUAUUCGAGGAGGUCUUUGUGGGACUUAGUCUGAUGGUAGAGUAAGAACAGAGUUGCGGGUCUGCUUUUGAUUGGUUUUAGGCAAGAGGAGGGGAUAUAUACAUAUAUGGAAGAGAUGUCUCCAUCUGUUGCAGUAACUCUUAACAUGGGAAACUCUCUGUGCGAUAACUCGGGGAUCUCAUCCUCCAUGGAAAUCACUAGGCUCAAGCUUGUGACCGAUGCUGCAAGCUUGUUAUCAAAGCCCCCGAAGCUCGUGCUAACAAAUGAUCAUGGUAGUAAAGUUGCUGCACAGAUUCUGAAAUCAAGUGGCGCAGGUGACAGUGAUGAUACCAUCAAGAACAGGAAUUCCGUGAUUCAGGAGAGCGAGGAGGACGAGGUUUUGUCAGUUGGGGAUGAGACUAAUAUGGUCAUCGCUGAGGAGUUGUUAGCCCUAGAUGCAGGGUCCACCAUAGGCUUGCCUGAUCCAGACAUGAUAAAACCGAUAGAUGCUGACCCUGCUUUAGCUCAGGCCAUUAUUCUGGGGGACUCAGUCGAGGUCUCCAAAGGGGAUCUCGUCGCAUCCCUUAGUUCGAAGGUGGAGGCUUUGAGCAGUUCCAGUUCAAAUUCAGCUGCCAUUUCUCAACUCCCGAAGGUGAAGAGCCUUGGUAAGGGAGGAAUCAGAAGUGUGUUCGAGCUCGACUGCAUACCACUGUGGGGCUCGGUGUCUAUAUGUGGAAAGAGACAUGAGAUGGAAGAUGCUGUCACCAGUGUGCCUCAAUUCCUGAGAAUCCCGAUCAAGAUGCUUAUCGGGGAGCAUGUGGUUGAUGGAAUUAACCCUAGUCUGACACAUGUGACCAGUCACUUCUUUGGAGUUUAUGAUGGCCAUGGAGGCUCACAGGUUGCAAAUUAUUGUCAUGAACGGAUCCACUUGGCUCUGGCCGAAGAGAUCGGACUCGCGAAGGAGCAUGUGAACUUAAGCAACGGGAUUAUUGGGGACAUGAGGCAAGUACAGUGGGAGAGAGCCUUCACCAACUGCUUCCAGAGAGUGGACGAUGAGAUUGGAGGAAAAAUCAGCCGAGGUGUCGGGGAGGGAGGGGAAGGCUCUUCUGGCGCCUGCUUCGAGCCUGUUGCCCCCGAGACUGUGGGGUCAACAGCUGUGGUAGCUCUAGUUUGUUCAUCACACAUCAUAGUAGCUAAUUGUGGUGACUCGAGAGCUGUCUUGUUGCGGGGUAAAGAAUCCAUGGCUCUGUCGGUCGAUCACAAACCGGAUUCGGAGAAAGAGUAUGCGAGAAUUGAAGCUGCUGGAGGCAAGGUCAUACAGUGGAAGGGGCAUCGCGUUUUUGGUGUUCUUGCAAUGUCAAGAUCAAUCGGUGAUGCGUACCUGAAGCCAUGGAUAAUCCCGGAACCAGAGGUGAUGUUUAUCCCACGAGCACGGGAUGAUGAGUGCCUCGUCCUAGCAAGCGAUGGUCUGUGGGAUGUGAUGACGAAUGAGGAGGCCUGCGAGGUGGCGCGGAGGCGGAUCCUCCUGUGGCACAAAAGGAACAGUGCUGGGUCCUCGUCCCCAACCCAGCCCCUUCCCACGGUAAGAGGCGAGGGGGUGGACCCUGCAGCCCAGUCUGCGGCCGACUACCUCUCGAUGCUGGCCCUUGAGAAGGGUAGUGAGGACAACAUCUCCGUGGUCGUCGUGGACCUCAAGGCCCAGAGGAAGUUCAAGACCAAGACCUGAGGGAAGGGACCGAAACAGUCAGCCACCCAACACUGGCCGUGACAUACAGUACAUCAGUUACCCAUCGACUGAUCGAUAACUAGCUUAUCAGAAAUAUCAAACCACUAAUAUAAGUAUAUGUGUUGUCCACAGUAACAGAAGCACUUGUAAUGAUGAACACAACUUUGGUCCAUCCAAUUUUUUUCUCAUGGGCUUCAGGAAAAUGUGUGUCUGCAAGGUAUUUCAUGAGAGGAAGACAGGGUCUUAGGAUGUUGUGUUGUUGUUGUGCUGUAUAGCAGGACAGCUCUUUUUUUAGUGCAUCAAGAAAUUAUACUAUGCCCACAAUAUUUGAAAUUUGAGUUUGACUCA